AAAAAAAACAAGAAUCUUGUCAAACGAACUUCGAACCUCCGUCACGAACGCCUCUCUCAUCCAAAUGACUGGCGGUCGACUAUCGCGAUAACGUGCAGCUGCGCGGCCAUCCUCGUGGUUGCAGUGUGGACCGUGAGGACCACGUCCCACGAGAAGCGGAAACCGAGUUCGAAAAAUGAGACGACGUCGAGGAACAAACCGGAUGUUAACAGCGAGGUGAAGUCAAACGCGGAGGGAACUGAGGAAGAGAACGAGGAGGGAACGAGGGAAAGCGAGAAGAGUAAUGAAGAGCGUGCGUGUGAUGACACGAUUAACGAACUGCCAGAUCCAAAUUGGGAGAAGGUUGGCGAAAUUCAGGAAUUGUACAUGUACCCGUUGAAGUCUGGCCGAGGGAGGAGCCUGAGGGAAUGCGACUUCACCAAUUGGGGAAUCAGUUGCGGGGAUCCGGGCAAGUUCAAGCUCAGAGACAGAAUGUUUCUAGUGUACAACGAGGAGACUGGACGCUUUCAAACCGGGAGGCAGUAUCCAACGUUGAUCCUAGUGAGCCUGUCCGCGGUGGACGAGACUAAGGUGAAGUUGGAGGCUGUUGGGAUGCCCAGCGUGAUCUUCCAAGUUCCAAGGAACCCGGAGAACGCUUCUGAAGCCGUUCAGUGCACCAUGUGGUGGGGAGAGCCGGUGAAGUGUAUCGAUUGCGGCACAGAAUCCGCUGAAUGGUUGUCGAGAUUUUUGACCGGGACGACUUCCGGUCUUCGAUUGGGAUACACGAUGAUGGACAAAAGGAACGUUUUCGUCGAGCCGUGGAAGAAGUUCACCAAAGUAUACCAAACACUUAGGAACGAAGACACUGGCCUGUUCAGCGAUUUGGCCAGCUACAUGCUAAUGACCACGCGGUCGAUGGAGCAGUUGAACGAGAAACUAGAGAGACCAGUGCCUGCUCUACAAUUCCGUCCAAAUAUUUUGGUGUCCACGCAACAACCAUUCGAGGAGGAUCAGUGGGAGUGGAUAAAAAUCGGCGAACGAGUGGUGAUCAGAAACGUCAAGCCCUGCACACGGUGUAAACUAGUGGGCCUGAAUCCAGAAAAUGGUGUAAUGGACAAGGAGGAGCCGUUGAAAACUUUGAAAUCUUUCAGGCAGCAAGCCGAUCCAGAACGGAUAUCUCUGGAGGGAAAGGCGCCAAUGAUGGGAAUAUAUUGCGGCUUGUACGUCCCAGGAAGCGUAAAGAUCGGCGACGAGGUGUUUGUUCACCGAUCCAGUGGCUCGCCAGUGGAAUUGAACCACCGAGAAGAAGAAGCAAAGCCGAGAUAGACGAAAACGAGAAACUUAAAAUCGCUUUCUAAAAAUGGCCUUUUCUCUUUGAAAGUAGACACUCGAAUCGCUCUGAAAAAUGUCAAUAUAUAGCAACAGGUAUGAAAUAUAGUAUUCUCAACGCGCCAGUUCAAUCGAGAGCGAUUCCAGGAACAUUCAAGAGACUCCGAGACAAUAUAAACGCGCGAUUUGUACGUUCGAUUUAUUGUUAAUUAUUGUUACGUGUACAUCGGUUGUUCUAGAAUAAUUGGGACCGGUUCUCAUUCGAUGUUUAUGGUCCCGUGUAUUUUGGAACGUCAUGGAAGUAUGUUCAAAAGCUGUUUCGCGUCGAAUAAAGUUUUCGAUUGUUAUAGAAA